AAUGCCAUUGGUUCGUUGUAUUAAGUUCAGUCUAAGCGCGACUCUUCAUUCGAAACCAUGUAAUACACUAUCGUUACUAAAUAUUAGUGAUUCUAUUGUGGUGGAUAAUUAAAAUAAUUUAUAUAUCACAUUAUCAACUGUGUGCGUAUAUGUGUGUGUAUGUAUACUGUUAAAAAUACGCAGCAAAUUUAAUGUAAUCUAAAGGAAGCAAAUUUUAAGCAGGAUGAGACAAAUUACUGUUAUUUCACCAAUUAUCACGAUCCUAUGGAUUUUGAUUACGAGUAAAUUAGCAUGCAGUAAAAGACUAUUGAUCAUUACUCCAACUCCGUCUUACAGUCAUCAAUUAGUAUUUCGGACAAUAUGUCUUGCUUUGAAUAAGCGAGGACACGAGAUAGUAACACUGACGCCUAAUAUCAUAAAUGAUACUAGCAUAACCAACUAUACGGAAAUAGAUUUCGGCUUUGAAUAUGAAAAAAUUGACGACACUGAUACGAGCCAGAUUCAUUGGAAUCUUACACAAUUGGCGGGAUUAAAAACGAGAUUACUGACACUGGGUCACAACAUCGCGGAAGAUGUCCUCAGCCAUCCUGACCUCGUAAAGUAUUAUGCAAAUGGAACUGAUGUGCAGUUUGACGCAGUAAUAGCGGAGAUGAUUAUGACUCCUGCAAUCUAUAUGUUAGCGCACAGAUUUAACGCACCUUUAAUAGGUAUCAUGUCUAUGGACUUUCAAAAUUGCCAUCGUUUCACUCUCGGCAGUCCUGUGAUGCCGUCACAUCUCUCGAAUUGGGAGCUCGAAAGUUUCACCGGUUUAAAUUUAUCGUUUUGGAGACGAUUGGUGAAUUUCGUCAAUACUUGGUGGAGCAUAUACUCAUGGUUUAAUAAUUUCGCGAACAAACAACAACAAAUCGCCGAAAAGUAUUUCGGCACUGAUAUACCGCACAUUAUAGACGUUGCAAAAAAUAUGAGUCUUGUCUUGAUCAAUCAAGAACCGUUGCUCGCAUACGCGAGACCCGAAGUACCCAAUGUCGUUCACUUCAGCGGUCUGCACAUAGCAAAGACACCGCCGUCGUUACCAAAGAAUUUAAAAGAUUUUCUGGAUAGUGCGACAAAUGGCUUCGUUUAUAUGAGUUUGGGAUCAAACACCAAAAGCAAAUUAUUGCCGAAGGAAAUACUGGAGAUCUUUGUGAACACUUUUGCCAAUUUGCCGUAUAAAGUACUGUGGAAAUUCGAAAAUGACAGUUUUCACGUUCCUCCUAAUGUUUUUAUCUCGAAAUGGACCCCGCAACAGAGUGUACUGGCUCAUCCGAACAUCAAGCUCUUCAUUUAUCAAGGAGGUCUGCAGAGUACCGAAGAAGCGGUUCAUUACGCCGUCCCGCUCGUAGGAGUACCGUUUGUCUUCGAUCAGGUGUACCAGGUUAUGAAAAUGGUUUCUCUGGGAGUUGCGAGAUACCUAAACAUAGUCCGGCUUACGACAACGGAAUUGCACGAUGCUAUACUGGAAGUCGCCGAUGACAAAGGAUACAAAGAUAGGAUAUUGGCGCUACGUGCUCUCACAAAGGACAAGCCUUACGACAGCUUACAGAAUGUUAUAUGGUGGAUCGAAUUCGUAAUGCGUCACAAUGGCGCACCUCAUUUACGUUUCAAUGGAGUCGAUACCACGUGGUAUCAGCAAUUCGAUUUAGAUGUCAUUGUAUUCCUGACGAUAAUAUUAUUCUUAGCUUCAUGCGCUAUUUUAGGCGCUAUAGGAUGGAUUUCGAAGAAAUUAUAUACGUAUUAUGAUCUAGAGAAUCGAUGCAUAAUACGUAAAUGGAAUAAGAUGAAAUCGGCGUAAUCGGAUUGUCUAAAUUGGAAAAAAAACGUCAUUACGAAAUUAUGUCUGUUCGUUCGUAUAUGAGAUUGAUCGUAACUUGGUUCAGCAAUAAAAUUGUUUUGGAAAUGCUCAAACUAUGCGAAAUAGUCACGGAAGUGGACCUCUUUUAUCUCACGAGCAUUUGCAUGUGGAUUUUACAGUGCUCAUUUAUACGAAAAAUAGAGAAGCGCGAGUCGGAGAAAGUGCGAGAGGGUAAAUUUCGGUGAACAGAGGCAAAUGCUGUGAAUAUAAAACUGGCGGUUUGAGUGAAAUGGGUUUUGUAAACGUACGAAAUUGCAUUCCAACGUCCAUUAUGCUCAUUUGCGCGUAGAAUUACGAAAUAUAUGAUAGAGAGGAAAGAUAAACUAUAAAGAGAGAGAAAAAAAAACGCAGCAAUAAUUCUGUAAUUAUGCGAAUACGUGAUUACGUACCUUCAAUUAAUUCUUUCGAUACUUUUGUGAAAUUUACGACACAAUUAGUUUCAGAAAUGAGGCUAAGUGUCAGAUGUUAUUGUUAACAUGACCGAUGCGUUUCGAAUAUCCAGUUAAUGAGCCUCCCUUUGCCGCUGGUCCGCGCGUCCAUUUGGCAGAUGGACCUAAUUCAGAGUGCAAGGAUCCAUUAACACGUAUAUUCGCCCCAAGGAAUGUAUAGCGCGAUAAUGUAUACGAUGCUAACAUCGCGCACGUACAUACACAGGGCCAAACGCCGCCGACCAAGCACACGUAUUCUAUGAACAUUGCAGCAACAAUUAGGAAACCCCUUUACCAUUGGGUGGAAUACAUAUCUACGGCUAUUUCAAGUGCCUGUGUGAAACCUAUGCGAAUCGCGAACACGUACACAAGUACACAUGGCACCGAUGACUAUGGCAUUCAUCGCCAUUGUAACAUAUAGUCGCGCAUACGCUAUACCAUUCCUGCCUCGAAAACGAAAUAUUGACUAAUCGAAGGUAUCGCCUACCAAUUUGAUGUAUGGAAAAACUUGUUUAAAUUAUUCAAUCUCAUACGAAAAGAAUAGUUUGGCUAGAGUGUUUAAAAAUUUAGCUAUAGACACAGAUCUGAAAAUAAUUUUGUUGAAUCAAUGAAAGUAUUACGUAAGACACUCGAGUUGGUUAUUAAAAGUGUCAAAACUU